AACUACGUCUCUUUCUUUCCACCCCUGCUUUCUUUUAUUUUCGUUAUUGUUGAGAAGAAUGGAGAGGAUCAAACCACAAACAAAUGAUGCAUUAUUCUCAGGCUUCUCAGCAAACUCUAAGCAGCUGGCCUUGCACAAGGAUUCUCACAUAAUAUCCAAGCUGAAGCCAAAAAUACGAAUAAUUCACAUAGUUGCACCUGAGGUUAUAAAGACAGAUGUUGAAAAUUUUCGCGAUCUCGUGCAAAGACUUACUGGAAAAUCAGCUGAAGCGAAAGAAAGAAUCAAGAAGGCACGUAGAGGACUUCCACCAAAAGGGAUGAUCAGCAGCAGUAGUAACUGCCCCAAGUUGUGGACUGACGUUCAGCUUCAGCCUCAGGCCAACCAAGGAAUUCAAUUCUUGCAAGGAAUGCUCUUCCUCAUGUUUCACCAUCUCAGCUGGUCUAUACAUAUCAUUUUCAGUUGCUGAAAACGAAAUCCCAGCAAAAUGGCAAGGCUGCAUUAAUCUUUCUUCUGAAGGAAUUUUGUAUCCACCAAAAUGAGAUGAAGGCAAGUACCUUUUAACUGCCAAAAUUUCACCUGCAUUUUACCAGUUAAGUUGGUGAUAUAAAUUCCUAGAACAAAAGUAAUUGAAUCCAAAAAUGACAGAAUUUCAAAUUACGUGAAGUCCUCCCUGAAUUCUCAGCACGUUCUUUUUGACUUUAAAUCACAGUACUGUUCUUACCAUAACAAAGUAAAGAAAAAGAGAGACAGGUAAGUGGGAAA